UGGUGGGUCGUCUGAAAGAGAACCUUGAGAAAAUGGCGGAAGAAAGAAACCAGUGCAUUGCUGCUGAGAACAGGGAGAAGGAUCAGAAUAAACGAAUGCAGAGGCAGAUAAGAGACAUUAAAGAAGAAAUGGCAGAACUGUCCAAGAAUGAGGCCGAGGCGAGCCGCAAGAAGCAUGAGCUGGAGAUGGACAUUGAGAGCUUAGAGGCGGCCAAUCAGAGUUUACAGGUGGACCUGAAGUUGGCCUUCAAGAGGAUCGGGGACUUGCAGGCUGCCAUUGAGGACGAGAUUGAAAGUGAUGACAAUGAAGACCUAAUCAACAGUUUGCAAGACAUGGUGACAAAAUAUCAGAAAAGAAAGAACAAAAUUGGGGAUCAAACAGAAACAGAUUCAGAGGUGGAGGACCGCGUGGACGGAGUAAAAUCUUGGCUGUCGAAGAACAAAGGUUCUGUCAAAACUCUUUCAGAUGAGGGAACUAUGAAGAGCACCAGAUAUUCAGCAAAUGCAGAUGUCAAGGAAGUAAAAGAAGGCAAGGAGAAGACAACUGAGGGAGGCAAAGAAGGGAAAGAAAUAGAGCUGAAUAGACCAGUGUCUGCCAUGAGUUCCUUGAGCUACAGGAAACGUUCCAACCUGAAGGACUCCAUAGGGGGGAUAGGUGAUGAAUGCUCCCUGUUUACCACUCUCAAAGAGCAGCCUGACACACCAGACCAUGCCUCUAUUCGAAAGUCCAAGUCAAAAGCUGGAGACAUCCAUGAGGAUUGGAAAAAGAGCCAGAUAAAGGAAGACUUGGAUGACAAAGGCUCUGUCAUCUCUCUUGCAUAUUCCGAGGCCACCAGCAGAGCCAGAAAAAGCUUUGAGUCUCAUUGGACAUCCCGCAGCAGUCCUGAAUUUGAAAAGGACUCUGUGGUGUCCUCUCUGGUUCCCAGUAGGAUGUCCACCAAAAGGGGUAUGUUGGAAAUGGAUGAUGACAAUAAAUCGAUUAUCAGCAGCGCGAGUCGCACCAGCCCUCGAUUGUUGCAUCGUAGCACCUCUUGGAAAGAUGACCGGCGCAGUAGCUCACGCUUGUCUGUUGCACGCAGCUGUGGUCUCAGUGAGCUCGGCCUGCAUGUUGAUGAUGAUGAUGACGAUGAUAACAAUAACGGUCAGCAUGUACCUUGUAGUGAAGCGGGAGGUUCAGCUUAUAGUCCUCGCUCUGUCAGCCAUAGUUUUUCCACUCCAUCUCAGCUGCACUCCACGGACAGCAAUCUGCCAAAUACAUCUGACAACAAAUCUGUCACCCACCGCAACUACCUGGAUCCUGAUUUAGAGGCAGCCAUCAAUGAGGUGCUGAGCUUCAAACCCAUCAAGUUCAAGCGCAGCAAGCUCAAUGAGUCCAGUAGUGCAGAAGAGGAUGAGAAGAAAAGUUCAGGAGGGGAAGGUGGGAGGAAGAAGGUUGAAGAUGUUGAGCUUCGGUGCAGCACUUCCAGUUUGCGCUGCUCCUCAUCGGCUUCUGGUCUGGAUUACAACAUUCAGCCUUCCAGUACCCUGAGCACCAGCAGCUCCCGCAGUCAAAAAGACAAAAAAAGGGAAGUCUCUCCAUCAGACAGCUCAUCCUCAGAUGAUCGCCAUAGUAGAAAGAGCUCAAAGGCUAAGAAGGAUAAGAAAUCGAAGAAAAAAUCAAAGAAGAAACAGAAGGAGUCCUCAUCCUCAUCGUCGUCAGAGUCAUCCUCCUCCUCCUCCUCUGACUCAACCAUCUCCUACCACAGCUCCAGAAGUGUUAAAAGGAGCCCAGCCAAACCGUCUGACGAUGAGAAGGAUCCUGUAGGUCAUGGGCCAGCUAGCAGGAAGGAAUCUAAAAACAACCAGAAGAAGGUGGACAGUUUAGUGAUGAAGUACCUUUACCAACCGGAAAGCGAGUAAAGCCACAAGACAAGCCCUCCUGUGUACAACAGACACCUGAGUCUUGGCCGAUCUGAUGAAGAGGAUGAUUUGGACAGAGAUUCCUGCAGGCAAUCCUUCAGGCGGGCUGACAGCG